AUGCCUCAGACCGUCUUCCACUGUUGCAGGACACGAGAAGCGCCCAAGUGUGGCUGGACGGCGCCCGUCCCUCCAUUUAUACACGGCACCGGCACUCGUAGCACCCUUGAGGCAGCAGUCCUGCCGCGUCCUCUUCCUCCACCGAAUCCACUACCGCCGCUGCCGCCUCCGAAUCCACCACUACCGAAUCCACCACCUCCGCUGCCGCCUCCGAAUCCACCGCCACCGAAUCCACCACCGCUGCCGCCGCCAAAUCCACCGCCGCCGAAUCCACCUCCACCUCCAGACAGCUUACCGGCACCGAUCAGAACACCACUGCUUACGCUUCCACCUCCUCCUCGGCCUCCACUUCCGCCAUAUCCACCACCACCUCUGCCGCCGCCAAAACCACCUCCACUGCCUCCAAAUCCACCACUACUUCCAAAUCCACCUCCACUGCCUCCAAAUCCUCUUCCACCUCCACCGAAUCCUCCUCCUCCUCCUCUUCCACCUCCACCGAAUCCUCCUCCUCCUCCUCCUCUUCCACCACCGCCGAAUCCACCUCCACCUCCGCCGCCGCCUCCGAAUCCACCGCCACCGAAUCCACCACCUCCGCUGCCGCCUCCGAAUCCACCACCUCCGCUGCCGCCUCCGAAUCCUCCACCUCCGAAUCCACCGCCACCUCCUCCACCGAAUCCACCUCCUCCUCCUCUUCCACCACCGCCGAAUCCACCUCCACCUCCGCCUCCUCUACCGCCUCCACCUCCGCCUCCUCUACCGCCUCCACCGCCGCCUCCGAAUCCACCGCCACCGAAUCCACCACCUCCGCUGCCGCCUCCGAAUCCACCACCUCCGCUACCGCCUCCGAAUCCUCCACCUCCGAAUCCACCGCCACCGAAUCCGCCGCCACCUCCGCCGCCAAAUCCACCUCCACUGCCGCCUCCAAAUCCACCGCCUCCGAAUCCACCACCUCCGCUGCCGCCUCCAAAUCCACCGCCUCCGAAUCCACCACCUCCACUGCCGCCUCCAAAUCCACCGCCUCCGAAUCCACCGCCACCGAAUCCACCUCCACCGCCGCCGCCAAAUCCACCUCCACUGCCGCCUCCAAAUCCACCGCCUCCGAAUCCACCACCUCCACUGCCGCCUCCAAAUCCACCGCCUCCGAAUCCACCACCUCCACUGCCGCCUCCAAAUCCACCGCCUCCGAAUCCACCACCUCCACUGCCGCCAAAUCCACCUCCUCCACCGCCUCCGAAUCCACCACCUCCACUGCCGCCAAAUCCACCUCCACUGCCGCCAAAUCCACCUCCACUGCCGCCAAAUCCACCUCCACUGCCGCCUCCAAAUCCACCGCCUCCGAAUCCACCACCUCCACUGCCGCCAAAUCCACCUCCACUGCCGCCAAAUCCACCUCCACUGCCGCCUCCAAAUCCACCGCCUCCGAUGCCGCCAAAUCCACCUCCACUGCCGCCUCCAAAUCCACCGCCUCCGAAUCCACCACCUCCACUGCCGCCAAAUCCACCUCCACUGCCGCCAAAUCCACCUCCACUGCCGCCUCCAAAUCCACCGCCUCCGAAUCCACCACCUCCACUGCCGCCAAAUCCACCUCCACUGCCGCCAAAUCCACCUCCACUGCCGCCAAAUCCGCCUCCGCUACCUCCAAAUCCUCCUCCGCUCUUUCCGGCGCCGAUCAGAACUCCACUGCUUACGCUUCCACCUCCUCCUCGGCCUCCACUACCACCAUAUCCACCACUGCCUCUGCCGCCGCCAAAUCCACCUCCACUGCCGCCAAAUCCGCCUCCGCUACCUCCAAAUCCUCCUCCGCUGCCUCCAAAACCUCCUCCACCUCCACCAAAACUAUGUCCACCGAAUCCACCUCCACCUCCAGACAGCUUUCCGGCGCCGAUCAGAACUCCACUGCUUACGCUUCCACCUCCUCCUCCUCCUCUUCCACCACCGCCGAAUCCACCUCCUCCUCCUCUUCCACCACCGCCGAAUCCACCUCCUCCUCCUCCUCUUCCACCACCGCCGAAUCCACCUCCACCUCCAGACAGCUUUCCGGCGCCGAUCAGAACUCCACUGCUUACGCUUCCACCUCCUCCUCGGCCUCCACUUCCGCCAUAUCCACCACUGCCUCUGCCGCCGCCAAAUCCACCUCCACUGCCGCCUCCAAAUCCACCGCCUCCGAAUCCACCGCCACCGAAUCCACCUCCACCUCCAGACAGCUUUCCGGCGCCGAUCAGAACUCCACUGCUUACGCUUCCACCUCCUCCUCCUCCUCUUCCACCACCGCCGAAUCCACCUCCACCUCCAGACAGCUUUCCGGCGCCGAUCAGAACUCCACUGCUUACGCUUCCACCUCCUCCUCCUCCUCUUCCACCACCGCCGAAUCCACCUCCUCCUCCUCUUCCACCACCGCCGAAUCCACCUCCACCUCCAGACAGCUUUCCGGCGCCGAUCAGAACUCCACUGCUUACGCUUCCACCUCCUCCUCCUCUUCCACCACCGCCGAAUCCACCUCCACCUCCAGACAGCUUUCCGGCGCCGAUCAGAACUCCACUGCUUACGCUUCCACCUCCUCCUCGGCCUCCACUUCCGCCAUAUCCACCACUGCCUCUGCCGCCGCCAAAUCCACCUCCACUGCCGCCAAAUCCACCUCCACUGCCGCCUCCAAAUCCACCGCCUCCGAAUCCACCACCUCCACUGCCGCCAAAUCCACCUCCACUGCCGCCAAAUCCACCUCCACUGCCGCCAAAUCCACCUCCACUGCCGCCUCCAAAUCCACCGCCUCCGAAUCCACCACCUCCACUGCCGCCUCCAAAUCCACCGCCUCCGAAUCCACCACCUCCACUGCCGCCAAAUCCACCUCCACUGCCGCCAAAUCCACCUCCACUGCCGCCAAAUCCACCUCCACUGCCGCCAAAUCCACCUCCACUGCCGCCUCCAAAUCCACCGCCUCCGAAUCCACCACCUCCACUGCCGCCAAAUCCACCUCCACUGCCGCCUCCAAAUCCACCGCCUCCGAAUCCACCACCUCCACUGCCGCCAAAUCCACCUCCACUGCCGCCUCCAAAUCCACCGCCUCCGAAUCCACCACCUCCACUGCCGCCUCCAAAUCCACCGCCUCCGAAUCCACCGCCACCGAAUCCACCUCCACCUCCAGACAGCUUUCCGGCGCCGAUCAGAACUCCACUGCUUACGCUUCCACCUCCUCCUCGGCCUCCACUACCACCAUAUCCACCACUGCCUCUGCCGCCGCCAAAUCCACCUCCACUGCCGCCAAAUCCGCCUCCGCUACCUCCAAAUCCUCCUCCGCUGCCUCCAAAACCUCCUCCACCUCCACCAAAACUAUGUCCACCGAAUCCACCUCCUCCUCCUCUUCCACCACCGCCGAAUCCACCUCCUCCUCCUCCUCUUCCACCACCGCCGAAUCCACCUCCACCUCCGCCUCCUCUACCGCCUCCACCAUAACUUCCGCCAGCUGCUGCCACAUACGCCAUGGCCACCACAGCCACAG